AUGAAGUUCACUGCUGCAGCCGCUCUUUCUGUUCUCGGCCUCGCCGUCGCAAAUCCUGUCGAGCUUACCGAGAGGCAGAGCUGCCCAAAGGUCUACAUCUUUGGAGCUCGUGAGACUACUGUUGCCCAGAGCAACGGCUUCGGUACGGCUAGUGGCCUCGUGAACCAGGUCAAGGCUGCCUACUCAGGAUCUGGCGCCGAAGCCAUUGUCUACCCUGCAUGUGGUGGACAGGCAUCAUGUGGCAGUGUCAGCUACGACAACUCCCAGAGCCAGGGAACCGCUGCCGUCAUUAAAGCUGUCACAGCUUACAACCAGAAGUGCCCCAGCACACAGAUCGUGCUUAUUGGAUACUCUCAGGGCGGUCAAAUCAUGGACAACGCAAUUUGUGGUGGUGCUGGAGCCACACUUACUGGAAACGCCUUGAAGGCCGUCAAGGUUGCCAUCUUCAUGGGCGACCCACACAAUCGUGCCGGCCUUCCUUACAACGUCGGCACAUGCACUGCUGGAGGCUUCGCUGCCCGCCCUGCUGGCUUCCAAUGUGCUCCCGCUAGCACAAGCAUCAUUAAGUCAUACUGCGAUGCUGCUGACCCAUACUGCUGCAACGGUAACGACGCCAACACGCACCAGCAGUACGUCAACAAGUACGGUUCUCAGGCUUUGGCUUUCAUCAAGAGCAAACUUACCGCAUAG